CACAGCAACCGAAUGAAAACAGUGAAUUCUUUUCCCCUAUCGCACUCCGCUUAUACCGCCGAGUCAAAUGAUUUUAGGCGUGGCCAUCGAAAUGAAAUUUACCGAGACGUUCCCUGUGUUAAUAUAAUAUUACGUUCAGAUUGCACUAUGAAAUCCACUCAAUACAAUUGCUUGCAAAAGAACACUGAUCAAAGUGAGAGUAAAAUUGUAAAGCAGAGUAAAGGGGAUACAGAAACCACUCUGGGCAUAUCAGAUUUUAAUUUACCUCAGGAAAAAUGUGAACACAUUGCUGUUAAUACAAAUGAAUCGCCUAAUUUGUUACCCAUCUCAAGAGUUCAGUGCGAAGGAACGUCUGCUCAAGACAGAAAAGCAGUGACUUUUACUAGUAUUCAAACAAUACCACAUACAAGUAGUGAACUACCUUCUUAUAGAUCUAAAUAUUCUAAUGAAACGUCAUACUUUAACCAAAAUCCACUGGAUUUAGUCAGGAAGAGAUUGGUGUAUUCUGAGGCAGAAAUUAAUACAAACAAAGAAGAAGUUGAAGGUCCCAUGAGAUAUAAAGAAUCGAUAUGGAAGACUUAUCCUGUAAUAAAAUUGGAAAACAGUACGAGGAAAGUGUAUGGAGAUAAUGUAAUUUCUACAAAAAAAAGUAUCUCAACUUUUAUGGAAGCAGAUGAACCAGUGAAGCAUAUUACUGUAACUAAGACUGUAUUAACACCUACAAAACAGAAGUCUGCUAAAGACUGUUCUUGUAUAUGUUCUCAUGCAGUUCCUUAUUCUAAUCAAACUUUAAUGAAAGAUAAAAUGGUUGAAGGCAAUAUACAAUUAGGGUUGCUUCGUGAUUACGAGAAAAAUGAUAAAAAACAGGAGGCACCGUUUGAUUAUGACAAAAAUGUAUCUGAUAUAACUACAUCUAAAAAGGCAGGUGAAAAGAAUGCUAAUUGUGGCAUUAAUGCAACUUGUGAUUCAAUGAGGUAUUCUACAUUGAACAUGGAACAGAAAACUGAAUAUGAAAGUUUAACUAGAGAUCUAAAAUCCAAAAGCAACGCUACCGUUAAAUUUUAUCAUAGUACACCGGAACGGAAACUUGAAAGUCCAGUUUCCAAGAAUUUAUUAUCCGAAAAAGAUUUAAAUUAUUGCACUGAUAUAAGUUGUAAUGCAAUUAAUAAUCGCACAACAGGUUUAAUACGAGACACUAAAUCUGUGAAUACAGCAGUCAGUGUCAAAUCUGUGGGUACAAUUACUAACAACACUUUGACAGCGCAAAAAGAUUUGUAUUAUAGUAAAGUAAAACAAGAACCUAAAGGUACAAUCGAUACUACAAUGAACACGCUGGAAGGAAUACUGACAGGAAUAAAAUCGUUGAAUGAUAAAUCCAUCACCAAGCAUAAUGCCCACAGUUAUCAGGAUGGCAGCAUAAGGUGUAAAGAUAUGGAUUGUAAUGUGACAGGCAUGAAUAAUAAACUGUCAACGGGAUGCAUGAAGCCAGAAUGUCUUAGAAUGUUGGAAGAAAUAAAAGAGUGUACAAAAAUGUUGGAAGAACAAUUAACAAUUAUGAAUAAAAAUAUGAAAACUAAAAGAAGUAGAAACAGUUACGGCGAUAAACAACGAAAAGACAUAAUUACACAGAAACCGGAGAAGGAAAAUGUUUGUGUACAGGAACCUAGCUUGAAUAAUUUUAAACAUAUCAAACAUAUGCAGGAUCUUCGGAUGAAACCAAGAAAUAAUCUGGAUGUUCAACAAAUUGAACUACAAGAUAAAACUUAUCAAGAAACUGGCAAAAAAACUGCUUGGACGAAAGAGACCCUUCAGAUACCUAAAUAUCAUGGGAAGCAGGAGAGAAGUGAAAGUUCUAAGAAAAUGCUUCACAAAUUUGAAAGCAAAAAUAAUUCUAAUAUGAAUCAGUCCAGUAGCUUAAAAGGAGUAAGACAGAGAGAGAAGGAUCAAUGGACGAAGUCAUAUACCAUUGAUUUUUCAAAUUUUGAACCACUCGCUGCAUCUACAUUCAGAGAUAAAGAUCCAUCAAGCGGUAAUAGGCAUGUCUGUCCAGCUAUUGGCCAGACUAGUAUUGUUUCUAAUAGAAACUCGGAAAGAUGGCAAAAGAAGGAAACCAGAUUGACUGAACUAAUUAGACACCCUUCAAAAAGGCGGGAACGUACAAUUAGUUUGGGGAAUGUAAAAGGAAUGCAGGGGUGUUCAAGUUGUCCAGAGAAAACUAUCGUAAUGUUACUCUUAACAAGAGGUGUACAUAACUCAUAUUUGAAGUCUAAAUAUAAGAGACUGGAAUUCAUGAAUUUCAAACCUAAAUGCAAUAAUGGGGAUCAAAUAUUAAAAAGGCGUAAAGCGCAAGCACCAACUGUGUUCAGAGAAUUGAAAUCAGUACAAUGUAAAAUUGAAAACUGCUCUAAUUCGGCUGAGAAUGCUUAUGGUAAUUUUACAGAUAAUCCGACAGUUAAUUCUAAAGUGUCCAAUUUGUGGGCGACUGUUUGCACACAGUCGUCCAAUUUGUACAUCACAACUGCUACAUCAGUUUCUGAUGUUAAUUUCAUGAACUACUCAAGUAAUUGUAUUAAAGCAAAGCCAGCCAGAUCAGGAACGUGUAUAUUGAGUUGAAAAGAAAAUUAAAAUGAACGUUUGACGCGUUUCAAAUAGAUAUAUGUCGUUUUAAGGGUUUAGCGUUUAGACGAUUUGAAAGAACUGUAUAAAUAAAAACAAGAAGUCAAUCGUCCCCUGAUCUCCUAGUGAUGCCUGAACUUUACUUCUAAUUAUGAAUUAUUAUUUUAUAAAUUCGCGAGCGAAUGUAUCAGUUACAGUAAUAUAAAAUACAAAAUAAAGAAUAUUUAAUGUGUAGCAGGAAAUGACUGUAUGAAUUAUGGUGAUAACAUGGAGGUGUAAUUAUAGAUAUCGGAUUAACAAAUUAUAAGACUGUAUUAGCGUUUAAAGUAAAUUGUUACUGUGUUGUAGGCAUGGCUAAUAUUUUAAGGAAAUAGCUUAUUCUAUUGUACCAUGUUUUAUAUUUUACUCGCUGAACCAAUAACAAUAUAGUUCGUUUAUGGAACAAUAAAAUGACUCAAAAAUUAUUUCGCAUCGUUCCCCGUGCCAGCAAUUGUUCAGAUGCACGUCCUUCUUCGAUAUAAAAACACAAAUAAAAAGAAAAAAAAGGAGACGACUUAAAAAAUAAUUCUCCGUUUACAAAAUGAACAAAAAUUUUCUACGAAGUAACCAUUUAAACACGUAAAGACCUUCUUGGCUUCGUAACGAGUCCGAAGAGAGUGAAUAAACAUCCAUAUGAUUUGUAUGUUCAGUUUUAAUAGUUUCUCCUUCGUAUUCAGUAAUUUAUUAUAUCAUUCUUUUAUUCCUUUACACAUACGUUUAUGAUCUCGAUGAUCGUACGAAACGUUGAACAU